CCAUGUGCUAAACGACCUCCUCUCUUCUCCCCCCUCUUGCAAUUCUAGAGAGAGAGAGAGAGAGAGAGAGAGAGGUGUGAGAAAGUUGACUCAAAUCGAGAGCCCCAAUCCCCUUUCUCUCUCCCCCACGGUCUGCAAUUCCCCCCCCCCCUCUCUCUCUAACAUGGCGGAGUUCCAGAGCUCUCAACCCUAUCCUCCUCGGUGUCAGCCUUCUCGCCGUUUGCCUGAUUUUUUACAGAGCGUGAACCUCAAGUACGUGAAGCUAGGGUACCAUUACCUCAUAACCCACCUCCUCACCCUCCUUCUCAUCCCUUUAAUGGCGGUCAUCUUAGUCCAGGCCUCUCAGAUGAACCCAGAUGACGCUCUGGAACUUUGGGUUCACCUUCAAUAUAAUCUCGUUAGUGUUCUUGUUUGCUCCGCUUUCCUUGUGUUUGGCUCCACGGUCUAUAUCAUGACCAGGCCUCGUCCAAUCUACCUCGUUGAUUACGCCUGCUACAAACCACCUUCUCAUCUCAAGGUCGCAUUCGCUCAAUUCAUGGAGCACUCGAAGCUUUCUGGCAAAUUUGACGAGCCUGCCCUAGAGUUUCAGAGGAAGAUUUUGGAGAGGUCAGGUUUAGGAGAAGAAACGUAUUUCCCUGAUGCCAUGCAUCAAUUGCCUCCUCGCCUGUCAAUGGCGGCUGCCAGAGAAGAGGCGGAGCAAGUCAUGUUUGGUGCCCUUGAUAAGCUGUUCUCGAACACGAGGAUUAGACCCAAAGAUGUCGGGAUUUUGAUCGUGAAUUGCAGUCUCUUUAACCCAACACCUUCCCUCUCUGCCAUGAUUGUGAACAAGUACAAGCUCCGGGGGAACAUCAGGAGCUUCAAUUUGGGGGGAAUGGGGUGCAGUGCCGGUGUUAUUGCCAUAGAUCUCGCAAAGGACCUUCUUCAGGUUCAUGGGUCCACUUAUGCAGUGGUUGUGAGCACUGAGAACAUUACCCAAAACUGGUAUUUUGGGAACAAGAGGUCUAUGUUGAUUCCCAAUUGCUUGUUCAGAGUUGGGGGAUCAGCUGUUCUUCUCUCCAACAAGAGCUCAGAUAAGAGACGCUCCAAAUAUGAGCUUGUUCAUGUGGUGAGAACCCAUAAGGGAGCUGAUGAUAAGGCCUUCAGAUGUGUGUAUCAGGAACAAGAUGAGACGGGUAAGCCGGGAGUUUCUCUAUCCAAAGAUCUCAUGGCGAUUGCAGGUGGUGCUCUCAAGACCAACAUUACAACGCUCGGCCCCUUGGUCUUACCCGUUAGCGAGCAGCUCCUCUUCUUUGCUACCCUUGUUGCAAAGAAGCUCUUGAAUGCCAAAAUCAAGCCUUAUAUCCCUGAUUUCAAGCUCGCAUUUGAGCACUUUUGUAUCCACGCAGGUGGCAGAGCUGUGAUUGAUGAAUUGGAGAAGAAUUUGCAGCUUCUCCCUGGUCAUGUCGAGGCCUCAAGGAUGACACUUCACAGGUUUGGUAACACUUCUUCGAGCUCAAUUUGGUAUGAAUUGUCAUACACUGAAGCCAAGGGGAGAAUGAGGAAGGGGCAUAGGGUCUGGCAGAUAGCUUUUGGGAGUGGGUUCAAGUGUAACAGUGCAGUUUGGAAGGCGCUCAAGACUGUGAAGCCAUCACCUGAUGGACCAUGGGAGGACUGCAUCAAUGAGUACCCUGUUCAGAUUUUGGAUGGAGGAUUGCAUCAGUAAGUCCUCUGUUCGAUUUUCGAUGGGUUUGUGCAUUGAGAAUUGGGACUUGGGAAGGUGGGGGUACUUGGAUUUGGUAUUAGGUUCUUGUUAGGCUUGUGAUUCUGACUGGAUAGGGUCUGCCUACUUAGUUUCUGUAUUUUUUUUCUUUUAUUUUAACGUAGCUGUGUGAUCGUCUGGGGUUUUCGAUUUAGUGACUCUCUCUCAACUUCUAAUUUUCCGGGUCAUUGUUGUGUAAAAACUUGGAUUCUUAGGUUGCCAUUCUUGCAUCCAGUGUAAUGGGAAUGUUCCAAAUUGGAUAUUCUUGAAUGAGAUGGAAAGCAAGUUGGUGAGUUUCAUUCA